AUGUUGUGACGCGAAGUUUGUCCAAGUGGACUUGCCGUACAACGGACUGCACCUCAACUUUUUUUCGGGGACCGCACGCGCUUCCACGUGCUGCACAACAUUUUCCUGAAUUUGCACCGAACGUGCUGAAUCCUCGUCACGAGCGGAAAGUGUUGCGAUCGUCGUGUGAAAAUGUGUGCAAGGACAGCAGAGUACGAGGAGGAACUUUGUGGCCCAAAAGAGGAGAAGGAGCCACAACGUCAACUACUGGACGCUGCGUUCAAUCUGCAGCCUCGAAUUGUGCUACGCAGAGCAGACGUCAGUGAAAAUCUUCAUCCUGAGCGGCAGCAGUCAGUGUCCCCUCACAUCAAAGAGGAAGAGGAGGAUGAAGAGGUUCAACACAUCAAAGAGGAGGAGGAAGAGUUCCUUCACAUGAAAGAGGAAGAGCAGGAGGAAAUCAUCAAGGUUCCAUCGACUGGUGUCCCUUUGAAGAGUGAAGAUGAAGGUCGAAGUGAGGAGAGACGAGGGGCGGAGCCACCAAACAGCAACAGCUCAAGUGAUGGAGACCACUGUGGAGGAUCACAAACAGACGGUGAUGAUGAUGAUGAUGAUGAUGAACAGUUGGAAGGUGAUAUGACAUGUCACACUGCCAAUAAAUGCUGGAAAUGUUCUAAAUGUAGGAAAACAUUUCCUUCUAAGAGGAAUUUCAAACGACACAUGAAAAUACACACUGGAAAGAAGCCCUUUGCCUGCUCAGUUUGUGGUCAAAGGUUCUCUCAAAGGGGACAUUUGACACGUCACGCAAGAACCCACACAGGAGAGAAGCCUUUUGCAUGCUCAGUUUGUGGUCAAAGGUUCUCUCAGAAGGGAAGCUUAAAAGGUCACACAAGAACGCACACUGGUGAGAAACCUUUUGCAUGCUCAGUUUGUGGGCAAAGGUUCUCUCGAAAGGGACAUUUGACAGGUCACACAAGAACGCACACUGGUGAGAAACCUUUUGCAUGCUCAGUUUGUGGUCAAAGAUUCUCCCUAAAGGGAAGCUUAAAAAUGCACACAAGAACCCACACCAGUGAGAAACCUUUUCGAUGCUCAGUUUGUGGGGAAAGGUUCUCUCAAAGGGGAACUUUAAUAAGUCACAAAAGAACCCACUCUGGUGAGAAGCCUUUUGCAUGCUCAGUUUGUGGCCAAAGAUUCUCCAUAAAGAAAAGCUUAAAAAUACACACAAGAACACACACUGGUGAGAAACCUUUUGGAUGCUCAGUUUGCGGUCAAACUUUCUCUCAGAAGGGAACCUUAAAAGGUCACACAAGAACGCACACUGGUGAGAAACCUUUUGCAUGCUCAGUUUGUGGGCAAAGGUUCUCUCGAAAGGGACAUUUGACACGUCACACAAGAACACACACAGGAGAGAAGCCUUUUGCAUGCUCAGUUUGCGGUCAAACUUUCUCUCAGAAGGGAACCUUAAAAGGUCACACAAGAACGCACAUUGGUGAGAAACCUUUUGCAUGCUCAGUUUGUGGGCAAAGGUUCUCUCAAAAGGGACAUUUGACACAUCACACAAGAACACACACAGGAGAGAAGCCUUUUGCAUGCUCAGUUUGUGGUCAAAGGUUCUCUCAGAAGGGAACCUUAAAAGGUCACACAAGAACGCACACUGGUGAGAAUCCUUUUGCAUGCUCAGUUUGUGGUCAAAGAUUCUCCCAAAAGGGAAGCUUAAAAAUGCACACAAGAACCCACACCGGUGAGAAACCUUUUGGAUGCUCAGUUUGUGGGGAAAGGUUCUCUCAAAGGGGACAUUUGACAAGUCACACAAGAACCCACACAGGAGAGAAGCCUUUUUCCUGCUCAGUUUGUGGUCAAAGGUUCUCUCAGAAGGGAACCUUAAAACGUCACACAAGAACGCACACUGGUGAGAAACCUUUUUCCUGCUCAGGUUGUGGUCAAAGAUUCUCUCGUCAGGCUCUGGUUAAGACACACAAGUGUCCUGGUGAGACAAGCAGUGAUCAAGAAGAAUAACUGAAAUAUCACACAGCCAUAAGUAUUCAGACCCCAGCAAAGGGUCGGAAUAAUAUGGCUAUGUGAUAUUUCACUUUUUCUUUUUUCAUAAAUCAGCAAAAAUUUCAACCAUUAUUUUUUUUCUGUCAAUAUGGGGUGGUGUGUGUACAUUAAUGAGGAGAAGAAUUAUGUGAUUUUAGCAAAUGGCUGCAAUAUAACACAUAAAAUUUAAGGGGGGUCCGAAUACUUUCCGUACCCACUGUAUGUGUGUAUGUAUCGAUCAAAUAUAUGGAUAGAUCACAAAUUUGUUUCUGCAGAUGGCAUUGUGUGACAGAUGUGGACUGUCAUAAUGUCGGACGACCCAUAACGAAGGUCUCCUGUCCCGAAACUGCGGCUGAUCUGAUUUGAGCUUAUCUGAUCCAUAAAAGCUCAAAUAUUGGGCUGAUCAUUAUAAUAUUAUUAUUUAUGAUAGUUUGAAGCUGUCAUGAGUAGAAAUGUCUGCAUAUAUUUUGGUGAUGAUUGUUGACAGUUGUGGGACAUGAAGCCACGUUUCUUGGGUUCAUGCAUGAGGCUUGCCAGGAUGUGGUGCUCGCCCGGCGUGUUUGUGUCAUUUUAAUGAUGUCGUCCGCAUCCAUCCCAAUCCAUAAGUUUGCGUUUUUUAUUGUUUUUUUUAUUUUUCAAGCACAUUAAAUUCGUGAUUGAACAUAAUUUCGGGGUACGAGCUGUUGUUCAUGUGAUGCAAUGAUAUAUGACAGCAAUGUAAGAUAUCCAACGUAAUACCAGCUUGAACAAGGCGGUGUUUGGAAACUCAAGCAAUUUCCUGAAAAGUUGUCAUUUUGAAGGUGAGGGGAUUCCACCUGACAGCUGCGAUAUACAAAUAUGACCAAUUACUGCCACUUCAUAGUAUGGUACAUUCCUUUUCCCACACCAGCUAUGCCAGUGCUUUCAAUUUUCAAUUUUGUUGAUGAAAAAGGGGUGUUCGAAAGGGAAUUAGUUCUUUACCAAUGGCUCCAAAAUGUAUUGAUAUUAUUGGAAAUGAGUGCCAGUUUCAUUUUCUUGAGCAUGCAUGCAUUUUGUCCAAUGUUUUAGUGAUGUCAAUAUCAAAUAAGUGAAUGAUUGAUUGAAAUAGACUGUAAAAAAAACUGACUUUUGGUGCUAAACUGUAACGUGUAUAUGUGAUCCUGAAUAAAGUACACUGCUUAAAACAGUGA